AUGGUUGUUGUUCCAACUCGUGAAUUGGCCUUGCAAACUUCACAAAUCUGUGUGAUGGUUACAACUGGUGGUACUGAUCUUCGUGAUGACAUUUUGCGCUUGAAUGGAGUUGUUCACUUAGUUGUUGCCACUCCGGGAAGAAUUCUUGAUUUGAUGGAGAAGGGUGUUGCGAAUGUUACUCGUUGUAAGACUAUUGUUCUUGAUGAGGCUGAUAAACUUCUGUCACAAGAUUUCCAAGGUGUUCUUGAUCGUCUUGUGCAUUUUAUGCCUGCUGACCGUCAAAUUAUGCUUUAUUCUGCAACUUUUCCGCGAACUGUUGAAUCUUUUAUGGAAAAGCAUAUGCAGAGGCCUUAUGAGAUUAAUUUAAUGGAGGAAUUGACUUUGCUUGGAAUCACUCAAUUUUAUGCUUAUGUUCAAGAGAAGCAAAAAGUUCAUUGUUUGAAUACUCUUUUUCGAAAGCUUCAAAUUAAUCAAUCAAUCAUUUUCUGCAAUUCGACUCAACGUGUAGAAUUACUUGCAAAGAAGAUAACUGAACUUGGUUAUUCUUGCUAUUAUAUUCACUCUAAGAUGGCACAACAACAUCGAAACAGAGUUUUUCAUGAGUUUCGUCAAGGGCAUUGCAGAAAUUUGGUUUGUUCGGAUCUGUUAACGCGUGGAAUUGACAUCCAAGCAGUCAAUGUUGUGAUUAAUUUUGAUUUUCCUCGCAACUCUGAGACUUAUCUUCACAGAAUUGGACGGUUUGAUUUAUUAAUUUUUCGACAACUGAAAUAA